AUGUCAAUCGUAAAAAAUCGUCCUCAGGCAGGAGAAUAUAUUAAAUCUGUUAAGGGUGUAUCGUUUGCUUAUCCGACUGGUUCUAAUACCUUUCAGAAAGGAACUCUUGGAGAUACAGAUAGUUAUGUAACAGGAAAUUUAAUUUUUAAUUAUGGAAAACCUCAACAAAUUAGGAGUGUUUGCAUUAACCUUAAAGGUGCCGAAAAAACAACAUGGUAUAAAGCUCAAGCUAGGUCAAAAGCUGUUUAUGCAGGAGAACAUACUGUUGUCGAUCUUUUAGAAGAAGUUUGGAGAUCUGAUCAUUCAGAUGCUGGUGUUAUGAAUUUAGAUAUUCCAUUCAAGAUUAAACUUCCUAAUAAUUUACCUGAUACUAUUAAUACUGAAAUUGGUUCAGUUGAAUAUAUUAUUCGUGCUAUUAUUAAUCGUAAAGGAAGUUUAGUAUCAAAUACAGUUCAAGUAGCAGAAAUUAAAUGUCCAUUAAAAAGAACAUUGGUUUUAAGUAAUACUGAUAACGUUCCUUCUAAAUUACGUGGUGAAGCCAGAUGUGGUAUUGAUUAUCUUUUUAGUUUACCACCAAAGAAAAAUUUUAAUCCUGGAGCUUAUGUUUCUAUUCCAAUGAGAAUUCGUUUCUUAAAACCAGGUGUUAGUGUUGAAAGAAUUGAGAUUAAUUUAAAAACUUGUAUGGAUUUUAGAUGUAGUCUUCCAAGUGAAACACGUCAUAUUAAAGAAAAAGCUACUUCUUUAUUAAUUCCACGUCAAGAACUUAAAUAUUCUAAUCCAUCAUCUUCUGAUCAAUUUGAAGGUGAAUGUUUACACACUAUAAAUUUAUUUAUUCCACGUACUGUUCAACCAACAUAUUCCGGUCGUUAUAUCAGCAUUAACCAUCAACUUUGUAUAAAAUUUUGUUUAUGGGGAGCUGAUAAUGAUUUUGUAUUAGAAGAAAGUGUAAGGGUUACAAAUAUUUUUGAUCAACAAACAUCUAAUGGUCAAUCAUCAUCUCAUUCUAAUAUGUCACCAACUUAUCAACGAAGUAAAUCAGAUGAUGAUAUUGAUGUUAAAGAAAUUUAUUCUGAUGCUUAUGUUUCAGAAGAAUAUGAUCAUAGUAUAAAUGGUGGAAAUGGUGUAAAUGGUGGUGGAAUCGGAACUGCAUUAUACUUAAAUCCUAGUGAUCAAGUUGAAAAAGGUUCGGUUCUUUCAGAGCAUUCGAAUCCUUCUAGUCAUUCUAGUCAUCCAUCUCAAAACUCUCUUAAAAUCAUUACAGACAUGGAAUCUCAACAAGCAUACCAUAAAAUGCCACCUAAUUCAACAAAUGAAGAAUUAGUACAUACUAAAGUUCCUUAUCACUUACAAUCAAAAAGUGAAGAGUUUGUACAUUAUCACACGCAAUCAAAAAAUGAAGAGUUUGUGCAUUCUAAAGUUCCUUAUCAAGCGCAAUCAAAUGACGAAUUAUCUAAAGUAUAUAGGUCAGCAACUAAUGAUAUAAUUCAUAAUUAUAAUGAUGAAUUAUAUGAACAACAACAUUAUUCCUAUGGUUAUGGUGAUGAAGAUGAUAUGAAUUCUUCAUUAAGUAAUGAAUUAUUACUACAACAACAAAUGCAACGUUUAGCAUUAGCUCAUCAUCAACAACAACAACAAAUUUUCUAUAGUCAACAAAAUCCCAUAUAUGUAGCACCAAAUUCACCACCAGUACGUCUUAAUCCUCUUCCAGCAUUACCUAACAUGAAAAAAUCAGGAGUGAUUUUAUCACCUAGUCCUCGUAUGGCGACCGGGAAUAUGGCCAUGAAUCUUAAUGGAUCUUAUAAAUUUCCACCACCUUAUGCAGCACCACCAUAUGCACCUCCUUACGCACCAUCUGAACGUGGUCGACCUGUUAACUAUAAUAUUGAUGAAAGACAAAUGAAAUCACAACAACAAGCGCAUUUGAUGGUCGAUAAACAGAAUCCUAGAAGACAACGAUCUCCCACGAGACAAGUUACAUCACCUACUUAUGAACUCGAUGAUCGUUUUCAUUAA